AAGAUGGCGGCGCCCAUGUGAGGGGCGGCGCGGGGGAUGCGCGGGGCGGCGCGCGCGGCCGCUGCAGCUCUCAGGACCCUCAGCAGAACCCCCCCGCUCCCCCCCGCCAUGGACGGCGCUUCCCCCUCCAACGGCGCGGGGGCUGCCCCGGGGGUGGGGGGCUCGGCCGGACCCCCCCAGGACCGGGAGAGCCCCAGCCGGGAGAGCUCCCCCGAGCCCGGGGAGACGCUGAUCACCGAGGGCCGCGCCACCAUCGCCUUCCCCAGCACCAACGAGGUGUUCUACAACCCCGUGCAGGGCUUCAACCGCGACCUCACCUGCGCCGUCCUGACCGAAUUCGCCCGGCUCCAGCUGCGCCCCAAAGGAAUUCGGGUCGUCCUUCCCGGCGAGGAAGAAGUGGGGGACCCCCCCGAGCCCGGGGACCCCCCCGAGCCCGGGGACCCCCCCGAGCCCCUUCGGGCGGCGCGGCCGGGGGAGCCCUGUGAGGGGGGUCUGCGGGUGCUGGAGGCGCUGGCGGCCUCGGGGCUGCGCUCGGUUCGCUUCGCCCGCGAGGUGCCGGGGCUCGGCGCCGUGGUGGCCAGCGACCGCUCCCCGCGCGCCGCCCGCCUCACCCGCAACGUGGCCCGCAACGGCGUCGGGGGGCUCGUCACCCCCCGCCUGGCCGACGCCAGGAUGCUGAUGUACCAGAGCAAAGCCGAGCGGGAGCCCUUCGACGUCAUCGACCUGGAUCCCUACGGGAGCCCCGCGCCCUUCCUGGACGCGGCCGUGCAGGCCGUCAGCGAGGGCGGGCUGCUGUGCGUCACCUGCACGGACGUGGCCGUGAUGGCCGGCAACAGCGCCGAGACCUGCUACAGCAAAUACGGCGCCGUGUCCCUCAAGGGCCGCUUCUGCCACGAGAUGGCGCUGCGGAUCGUCCUGCACAGCCUCGACCUGCGCGCCAACUGCUACCAGCGCUUCGUGGUGCCGCUGCUGUCGGUCAGCGCCGACUUCUACGUGCGCGUCUUCGUCAGGGUCUUCACGGGCCAGGCCAAGGUCAAGGCCUCGGCCAGCAAACAGGCGCUGGUGUUCCACUGCGUGGGCUGCGGCUCGCACCACCUGCAGCGCCUGGGCAGGGCCACGAGCCACGGCAGCGGGUUCAAGUACAGCGCAGCCACGGGGCCGCCCGUGGGCCCCACCUGCGAAUUCUGCCAGCAGCGCCACCAGGUGGGGGGCCCGGUGUGGGCCGAGCCCCUGCACGACCCCGCCUUCGUGGAGCGGGUGCUGGCGGCGCUGGAGCGGAGCCCCGGGCGCUUCCGCAGCGAGCCGCGGCUGCGGGGGAUGCUCAGCGUCAUCGCCGAGGAGCUGAGUGACGUCCCCCUGUACUACACCUUGGACGGGCUGAGCAGCACCAUCCGCAGCAACACGCCGUCGCUGCUGCAGCUGAGGUCGGCCCUGCUGCACGCGGGGUUCCGCGUCUCGCUGUCCCACGCCUGCCGCAACGCCGUGAAGACGGACGCGCCCCCGGCCGCGCUCUGGGACAUCAUGCGCUGCUGGGCCAAGCUCCACCCGGUGAAGCUGGAGCGGCUCCCGGACUCCAGCCCGGCCGCCCGGAUCCUCUCGGUGGAGCCCACGCUCCAGGCUUCCUUCGCCCUCCACGAGGACGCCAACCCCAGCUCGCGGAAGCGCGGCCUGAAGCGGUUCCCGGAGAACCCCGAGCCUUUUUGGGGUCCCAAGGCCAGGGCCAAGCCGGGGGGGGGCAUCGCCCCCUCCCUGCAGGAGAAGCGGGAGCGGCUCCAGAACAAGCGGACGCAGCGCCCGGACGGGGCCGGGCUCAAACAAUUCCCCUGCAAACGCUUCCGGGAGGGCUGCUGUCCCCAGGGCGAGCACUGCUGCUACUCCCACGAGCCCCCCCCCGGCAGCCCCCCAAUAAAUCACUGAGGCACCUCGGUGUGCGGGGGGGGCGCGCUCCGAA